CUCUAUGCUCCGCGGUCGCGGGCGGCCCGGCCGGGAGGGGUGAGCGGAGGGAGGCGGGGCGGGAAAGGCUGAGGUGUCUCCUCCACCCGAGCGAGCGGAGCGGCGGGAGACCCGAGCGAGCCCGGUGACAGCUCGUCGGCCGCCAUGUCAGCGAGAGGGGCUGGAGGCAGCCCCGGCGCCCGGCGGUAGACCCCCCCUUUGGCCUCGGAUUCCCAGACAUGGAAGGACUUUGAUGGGACGUACAUGACUCCACAAACGAUGCUCUAAUGGAUGACAGUGAGCUGCCUGCAGGUCAGCCUCAUAUAGAACCACAAGAUGGGGGUCCUCCCGGCGGCAGCGUGGGGAGCGUAGGGUCACACCUGCCUUCUGCAUCCGACGAGAAUGAAAACCAGCUGGACGGCUGUGGGCAGCACAGCCUGACGGGCAGCGCCGGGGCCAUGGGCAGGCCCGCAGCGGCCGAGCAGGACAGUCUCAACAACAAUGCGGGCUGCAUACCACCCUGGGAGGCGGCCUCGGGGGAGGCCUCGGAGCACGCCGCUUGGGGAGGCCCCCGAGGCGGACAGGACCUCUCGGGGAAGGACACAACAGCCCCUGGAAAUGAAAGCUCAAGGACCAUGGGCCCGGUGAGGACAACGCCAGCAGGACUUUCCUCGGGAGAUGCCGCACCUGUAACACAAGAAGACGUGCUGAGUGCAUCCACACAUGCGGAUGGCGGGGAAGAGUCUGCCAAAGGACAUGCUCACGACCAGCCGGAAGCCCCGACCCCAGCUUUGCAGUCUCUGUUCUUGCUGAUCCGAGGUGAAGUGGAGCAGUUGGACUCGAGAGCACUUCCCCUUUGCCUUCAUCAGAUAGCGGAAUCCUAUUUCCAGGAGGAGGACUAUGAGAAAGCAAUGAAGUUCAUUCAGCUUGAGCGCCUGUAUCAUGAGCAAUUGCUUGCAAACCUUUCUGCGAUUCAAGAACAAUGGGAAACAAAAUGGAAAACUGUGCAGCCACGUGCAGUCACGUCUCCAAGGAAUUCAGAGAGGGGAUUUAACGGUGAAGAUUUUGAACGGCUAACCAAAUUUUGCACAACACAUCAAGACCCUCUUCCAUCCGCAUACAAGACGGCAGCUGCGGAGCCGGCCCAGGGGAGGCAGCGCGUGGCCACGUUGGUGGAGCCUGGGUGUCCCCUGGGAAGCGAAGUGGCGGCCCCAGCACCUGAGCGUGGAGCGGGGCCUGGCAUGGAGCCACGCGCAGAGAGCCCGCGGAGGGCGGACACUCCCACCCCGGGGAGCGGGUCGGAGGCAGCCUCGGGCCCGGAGCGCCCCGCCCCGGAGCUGCCCGCCCAGCCCGCCGGCCGGCUGUCUGCCCAGAGCGCCCGGGAGGACCCGGAGGAGCGGGAGGACCCGGAGGAGCGGGAGGACGGCGGCCGCCCGCAGCCGGCGCCCCAGGAGGCCCGCGGGGCUGCAGCCCAGGCCGAGGGCCCCUCCGAAGACCCCGAGGCGCCCCCCGCCAGCAGGGCAGCGACCGCGCCCCCGGUGUCCGCGGGCUCCGAGCCGACACCCCCUUUCCCGGGGUCAGCGGGCUCCCAGCUGACCCCCCUUGCCCCGGGGGCUCACCCCGCGGGCUCCGAGCCGAUACCCCCUGCACUGGGGACUCCCUCCGAGCUGACCCCUCCUGCACCGGCAGCUCCCUCCGAGCCGUCAGCCCCUGCCCCGGCGUCAGCGGGCUCCCAGCCCGCACCCCCUGCACCAGCGUCAGCGGGCUCGGAGCUGACCUCCCCUGCACCGGUGACCCCCCCAGCCCCGGGGACUCCCCACUUGCCAGCGCCCCAGAAGGAGCUCCAGCUGCCGCUGGCAGAUGCCCCCGGGGCGGCGCCCACAGACCCCCCUGCGCCCCCGGACCUGGAGGAGCCGCCAGAGCCGGAACCCGCGGGCAGCGAUGGGGGGCCCGGCGGGAGCGGCCUGAGCGCAGAGCCUCCGGAGGGGUGCGCGGCCCCCGCAGGGCGGGGCGGCCCGGACCCCCGCGUCAGCCAGGAGGCGGAAGACUACCUGAACAGCCUGCUGCAGGGCUGCCUGCUGGAGGGAGACCUCCCGGACCUGUCCCCCGACCUGUCCCCCGACGAGGCCUCCUACAGCCUGCAGGACGACCCGCCCUCCGACGGCAGCCUGUCCCCCGACGACCUGGCCCCGAGGAUCCAGAUCGCCGAGGUGGUUCCUGCCGCGGGCCUGGUCUCCAUACUGAAGAAGAGGAAUGACGCCGUGGGAGGCCCCGCCCACAUGCCGCAGAAGCCGGCCAAGCGGAGAGUGCGGUUCCAGGAAAUAGACGACAACUUGGACCAGGAUGAGCCUGGCAGCGGCUCCUGCCUCUUGCUGGUCCUGCUGUGCAUAGCCACGGUCCUCCUCAGCGUCGGGGGCACGGCGCUGUACUGCGCCUUCGGGGACCUGGCGUCCCCCGUGUGCACGGACUUCGCCCUCAACGUGGACUUCUACUACUCGAAGCUGCUGCGGGGUGUGGCGGGGCUGAAGCACUGGGUCUACCUCUCCUAGCGCCCGGCGGGCCCGCACGGGGCGGCCGGGACCGGAGAGAAGCUUUUAUUUGGGGAGUUGUGGAACGGCUGAAGACCCGAGGUCAGCAGCAAAGAGCUUCCGAGGCUCCGAUCCUGGGGGGCUCGGAACCAUCGGCGCAGGAAGCAGAGUGGACUGCGCAGUGGGUGCGGGAAGACCUGCGGGGAGCACCCCAGGCCCUGCUGCGGCCUCCGCAGCGGCUGCCCUGAGGUCGCAGCCACGUGUCUUCAGCUGUCCCGUCCAGCCAACCCUCCGAGGACACCGGGCUCCUCUAGCUGGCCCCAAGGCAGCGCUUCCGGCCGUCACGCAAUAAGUGUGGGUGUGAUCAGAAGGCGUCCCCUUCGGCGUCGUGUGUGUUCCGUUAGCCCGGAGCGCCGUGGGCUCUGUGCGUCGUUCACACGUUCUGUUCUCCGUCUGUGGACCGGUGGUGUGUACGUGCGUGUGCGCGGGUGCGAGCAUGUGUUCCGGUUCAUCAUAGCAAAUACCCAACGCACAACAACAACAACAAAUGACCUUUAUUCUUCUACCUUGACGAUAGAUGUGCAGGCACAAACUCCUCAGAGCAGGUUGAAUGGGUUGUAGAGACCUCGGCCCUGAAAUGGGACACUGGGACAGAUCUGCGACAAUUAACGUGAUUAACAAGCCGGGAAUUAAUUACAGACCCGGAGGAGAAAUGAAAGCGCUCCCUGAGUCUCAGGCCGGCGGUGUGAUCGUGGAUUCGACACCUCGUGGAGUGUGAUGAAUGCGGGACUCAGUCUGGCAAACACUCAUGGAGCACCUGUUAGGUUCUGAGUCUUAAGAACUAAAAUGCAAAGAUCAUGCGAUGCCAGUUCCCGCUCUUCAUCCUGGCCUUAUGUUAAAAAAAAACAAAAACAACUUUGGCAAAUGAAAUGAAAUCACCACAUAACCCAGUGUUCCCAGAUCAUGCGUUCCGAGGUCAGAAUGUACGUUCAUGUCACAGGCUCCAUUCGGCCCUUUUAUGGGGUCAUUAAGCAAAAAUCCCAUCAUGUCUUAAGCAAGCCAACGUCUGGAUUUUGUUUAAAUCUGUCAGUCACGUGGCAUUUCCUUCUCUAAGGUCUAUCAUUUACGAAGCCUUGCUGUGGCUUUUUAUACCAUAGGCAGCGUUUUAAAAGAAACAGAACAUGAAUUAUAGUUUUUCAGCGAGUGAUCAUUUGCUUCAUGUUUUCCCGUCAGAAUCACGUGAAAGGAAAAGGGAGGAGCUCCUUCCUCGUUGUUACUGGCUGGUACAGUACCCUCGUGUUCUGCUUAUUUAUUUGGAUUAUGUGAGUUUUGAAGGGCUUUUUACUUGUGUUGAACGUGUGUUUUUGAGCAUGCCUUCGGUUUUCCCAAUGUAGGUAUCUGAUUACUGUGUACGUCGUACUUUGAUUUCCUAUCAAUUCAGUUCCUCGUGUUUUUAGCCUUGUUUAUUUUUAAACUGAUGUUUGAUUUUCACGCAUAAUACUGUUUGACUGUCUCGUGUCACCCAUAAACUGUAAUAUUUUCAAGGAUUAUAGAUCAAAGAUAUUUAUUUAGAAGUAUACGAGAUGCUGAAGUUUAGAUUCUUUAUGCAUAAGGCUGAUUUUAUUGGAAGGUUAUUUUAAUGGUCUAUUAUAAAUUUUAAGAAUUUGUACUCAAGCUGUAUGUAACAUAUGUAAAUGUCCACGGCACUAUCUGAGGUGGUUCCACAGAAGACUUUCACCGCGUCUGCCCGAGGGAUCCCCUCUUCUGCGUCACCCCCUUGGCUCCUGGUUAUGAGAAUCUGAUGAGUCUGGUCUCUGACGGUUUUAUGUGAAGAUCAAUCAAAGCUUCCUCCUGUUCCCCCCUCUGAGUCGCUGUGGCAGUCCUAAGGACCCCGAGGGUCUGCUUCUCCAUACCAAAGGUCUCCUGGGAAGCUUGGCGCUGAGCUGAGAGGACCAAGGCGACACCCGGGUCCUCAGGGGCCCAGUUGGGUCUCAGAGGAACCAGGUGUGUCCUCACACUUCCCAGGAGGGGAGAGGGGGGAAGCAUGCUCACGAGUAUGGUGAGGUCUGGGCUUGAGACAGGCAUGAAAAUCGCAACUGGGAAAGGUAGGGCACCGCUUACAGUGUGAUCGUCACUCAUUGCAUGAGUCGGAGUAAUCCCAUCUGGUGGUGAAAGCAUUGUUCUCGCACACAUGGAAACUCAUCUGGCUGUCCUCUGAGGUAAUCAUGUGACAGUCUGGACAACUGCUUGUAACUACUCUUCCUUGAGAACUGUACUGGAGGGUAACCGGUCAAGCUUGUCACUUAAACUCUUCACCAAC